ACUCACUCGCGAAAGCCAUGUCGUCUGCCAGGAACGACGUCAUACCCACUCCAUCACAUUGAACCCUCUUGUUCCCGGUCUGAGCACACCGACAACUACAUUCUCUACUACGAUGUCCUCUGAGCAAAGAUUCUGCGUCGCUCUACGCGGCGAGCGUAUCCUCACAAGUCCACGAUGGAACAAAGGCACCGCGUUCACCACCGCAGAGCGCAAUGCCUUUGGCCUAACUGGCCACCUCCCGUACCGCGUCAACACGCUCGACGAGCAAUGCCAGCGGGCUUACGACCAGCUCCAGUCGCACGAGACGCCGCUGCGGAAGAACACAUUCCUCCAGAGCUUGAGGGACCAGAAUUGGGUACUGUACUACGCGCUGAUUUCGAGGCAUCUGCAGGAGUUGACCCCGAUCAUAUACACGCCUACGGAGGCGGAGGCGAUAUCAAAGUAUUCGCACUUGUUCCGACGGAGCGAAGGGCUAUACCUGACGUUGCCUCACCAAGAGUCAAUGGAAGAAGACUUCCUAGAGCAAGCACAGGGCCGGGACGUCGAUCUGGUCGUCUGCUCUGACGCGGAGAUGAUUCUCGGGAUCGGUGACCAAGGCGUUGGGGGUAUCGGCAUUUCGACAGCAAAAGCAUCCAUAUACACUCUUCUAGCAGGCGUAGACCCCGCACGGACGCUGUCAGUGACCCUUGACGUUGGAACUGACAACGAGAAACUAUUGAAGGAUCCGCUCUAUGUGGGCUGGCCUCAUGAACGGGUCCGCGGAGAAGAAUACGAUCGAUUCGUUGAUAGAUUCGUGCAGUCUGUGCGGAAGCACUAUCCCCACAGCCUUCUCCACUUCGAGGACUUUGGUGUCAACAAUGCGAAACGAUUGCUCGAUACUUACGCAAAAAAGCACGCGGUGUUCAACGACGAUGUACAAGGCACUGGAGCGGUGACCCUCGCGACGAUCAUGGCCGCCGUCGGCGUAAUGAAAUCCAAGCUGUCAGACCAACGCAUCGUCAUCUUUGGCGCAGGCACUGCAGGACUCGGCAUCGCACGUCAGCUACGCGACGCGAUGGUCACUCUCGACGGGCUUUCCCCAUCCGACUCGAACCAGCGAUUCUGGCUGCUCGACCAGCACGGACUCGUCAAAGCCUCCCUCGGGCCCGACAAUGUCCGCUCGGGCCUCUCUGAUUUCGUGCGUGCGGACGAAGAAUGGGAGGGCGCCGCGGCGAACGAGCGCGGGGAGAUCGGGCUGCUCGAGGUUGUGCGCCGCGUGAAGCCGACGGUGCUCAUCGGAUGCUCAACGGUCGGCGGCGCGUUCGACGAGGCGGUCGUGCGCGAGAUGGCGCGGGGCACGGAGCGCCCGGUCAUCCUCCCGCUGUCGAACCCGACGAGCAAGCAUGAGUGCACGCCGGAGGACGCGAAGCGGUGGUCGGACGGGAAGGCGCUUCUCGCGACGGGCAGCCCGUUCCCCUCUGUCGAGCUCCCGGGCGGGAAGAAGUACAGGGUGGCGGAGUGUAAUAAUGCUCUGAUCUACCCUGGACUGGGAUUCGGUGCUAUACUGUCGAAGGCGCGGUCGUUGACGGAUAGUAUGAUCGUCGCGGGGGCACAGAGAUUAGCGUCCCUCGCGCCCGCGCUGAAUGACCCCGACGACGCGCUCCUACCGGACUUUGGGGACUCGCCGGAGAUCAACUACGAGGUGACUUGCGCUGUGGUAGAACGCGCUAUUGAGGAGGGUGCUGCGGCUGUGGAGUGGACGAAGGAGGAGGUAAGGGAGAAGGUGAGAGAAAGACAGUGGAAGCCAAUCUAUGGACGUUAUGAGUAUGAUGCAGACGGCGAACAGUAAUUCCUUAGUAAUUUCUCGUCGUCUAUGUGACGGAUUGGAUCGGUGUACUGCACUUCUGUAUGGCAUGCAUAUGGAACUGCCGUAGUGAGUGGACAGCAACUCGGGAGAAGGUCUAAUUGGAGGAAUUGAAGGAAUUCGAGGGAUGCAAGUCCCGUGAUCGCGACUGAUUUGUAGGCGCCG